AUGCCAUUUUUCCAAAAUUUUAAUUUAAAUACUGGUCAAACAAUUCGUUCUUCUAGAGGUUUCAAAUGGAACAAUACUCAAGAAGAGACCGGUAUUUCUCAAGAUCCACCAACCCCUCAGAAUAAUAAGAGCAUUAGAACCCCAUUAAAAGUUCCUCCACAUACACCUAAUGGUAAACAAACACAACAAACACAAUUCAAUUCUCCUUUACAGUUAAAGCAACCGUUACAGCAGCCGCAACUACCCCAUUUACAUGGUCAACCUCAACAACCACAAAUUGUUACCGACUACAAUUAUACACCAACUCAUCAGAAACCAUAUAUACAACCACCAGAAAAUACUGUAGUAUCAUCACAUCAGGAUUUAAAGCAUGUGGUAGAAAUGACUUUAGGUUCUGAUGGUGUCUUGAACCAAGCUGUGAAAUUACCAAAAGGUGAAGAUAUUAAUGAAUGGAUGGCCCUACACUGUGUUGAUUUCUACAAUCAAAUUAAUAUGUUGUAUGGUGCUAUAACAGAGUUUUGCUCACCACAAUCAUGCCCAAGAAUGAUUGCUACAAACGAAUAUGAAUAUUUAUGGAGUUUCCAAAAAAAUGAACCACCUGUUUCAAUACCAUCCCCACAAUAUGUUGAAGCGCUAAUGAGAUGGUGUCAAAACCAAUUUGAUGAUGAAGCUAUUUUCCCAUCAAAAAUAACUGGUAGUUUCCCAUCCAAAUUCAUUGAAAGAUACGUCGUUCCAAUGUUAAGAAGGCUGUUUAGAGUUUAUGCUCAUAUAUAUUGUCAUCAUUUCAAUGAGAUUUUGGAACUGAACUUACAAACAGUUUUGAAUACGAGUUUCAAGCAUUUUUGUUUAUUUGCACAAGAAUUCCAAUUAUUGAAAUCAUCUGAUUAUGGUCCAUUAUUGGAAUUAGUUGUGGAAUUGAGAGAUAAAUAG